AUGGAUAAAUAUGAAAUAAUUAAAAAAAUUGGAGAAGGAUCUUUUGGCAAAAUAUUCUUGGCAAAAGGAAAAGUGGAUAAUGAGCAGUGUGUUAUCAAAGAGAUCAAUUUAACUAAGAUGCCUGUGAAAGAAAAAGAAGCCUCUCAGAAAGAAGUCAUUCUUCUGGCCAAGAUGAAGCAUGCAAAUAUCGUAACCUUCUAUGCUUCUUUGCAAGAAAAGAACAAGCUAUAUAUUGUGAUGGAAUACUGUGAUGGUGGAGAUUUAAUGAAGCGGAUAAAUAUGCAGCAGGGAGUGCUGUUUGACGAGGACCAGAUUCUGAGUUGGUUUGUGCAGAUCUCCUUGGGCUUGAAGCAUAUUCACGACAAGAAGAUUUUACACAGAGAUGUAAAAGCACAGAACAUUUUUCUUAGCAAUAAUGGAAAUGUAGCAAAGCUUGGGGACUUUGGCAUAGCAAGACAGUUGAACAGCACUACGGAGUUUGCCCAUACCUGUGUAGGGACCCCCUAUUAUCUGUCACCUGAGAUCUGUGAAAAUCGACCAUAUAACAAUAAAACAGAUAUUUGGUCUCUUGGCUGUGUGCUUUAUGAGCUAUGUGCACUAAAGCAUCCUUUUGAAGGCAAUAGUUUGCACCAACUGGUGCUGAAUAUCUGCAGAGGACAUUUUCACCCAGUGUCUCCCAACUAUUCGUAUGAUCUGAGGAUAUUAAUUUCCCAGUUGUUUAAAAUACCUCCAAGAGAUCGACCAUCUAUCAACUCUAUUCUAAGGAAGCCCUUCUUGCAGAAGCUCGUUCUCAGGUAUUUGCCCCCUGAGAUAGCACAGGAAGAACUCAGUCACACUGUGAUACAUAGAAAAAGGCCUUCAGCAUCACAGCCUGGAGCCAAGCUGAUACAAGCACAUAAACUUCAAAAAAGGAGAGUCCAGGACCAAGUUCCUCCAGAAUCUGGAAUGGUGGUGCCUGUCAAACAGGGAUUAUUUCAAAGGAAUGAAUGGAAACCUCCUUCAAGAGGGCAACAGCCUAUUUUUCAGCCACAGAGCUCCAGAUUUAAGAUGGCAGAAAGGCCAGAAAGUAUUAGAGUACAUGGCCAUUAUGGUCAUUACUAUGAUAAGCUUGACAACUUGCAGAGGAAAGCUAAUGCACAUUAUGACCUUUCUCACAUCAGCCAAAGAGUUGAGGAAUACUAUAAACUAAAAGGACAAGUUGCACCUCCACCCCCACCACCCGACUGGCGUGCAGAAUAUCUUCAAAGGCGUUUUGAAGCCCAACAGUACAAGAUUAAAGUGGAAAAACAGCUGGGACUGCGACCAUCCUCUGCUGACAUAUAUCAUGACCAAAUACAGCAGCAGAAAAUAAAGGAAGAGUAUCUCAAAAACCAUCAGCAGGACAUGUCUAGAAAGAAUGAAAUGAAAGAACAGGAGUACCUGAAACAAUUGCAGAAAAUUCGGGAAGAAUACCACAGCGAUAUAAAAGAAUUCAGACUUAAAGCUGGCGUACUCCAGGAGCAUCAAAAAAUACAAGAUAAAACCUAUCUUGUGAGGCAAGGGAAAGCUGAGGACCAGUCUGAAACCAAGGAUACAGCUGGAACAGGAGAAGGAUCACUUCAGGACAUGGAAGAAAACUUUAAACAAGUCAGACUCCAGGAUAGGCAAGACCAAAAAAUCUUAGAAAAGAAACAUAACACAAAGGGAGGAGUAAAGUUUGAAAUUAAUUUAGAUGUAUGUGUUCCUGAGGAAGACAGCAUUCAAGAAGCAGAGGUACUAGAUGAUAAAGUCAGUGAGACUUUAACUUUUGUGGAUGGUGAGAAUCUUAAGGAGAAAUUGGUGGAAGUUUAUGAAGAUCAUAUGGACAGAGCUUUGGAAGAACUGUCUGGAUACCAAACAGAGUCCAAUAGCAUAGAUGACACAAAAGAAAACAGAAAAUAUUGGCAAGCUGGAGCCCCUCAAACACUACUGAAUUUUUUAGCUGAUGCUGAUGUCACAUCUGUAUGUCCUACUAUGGCUGAAAAUGAACUUGCUGACCAUGCUAUUCUGCCUGAAGACAUCACGGAAAACAGGAAGCAGUGGAAACAAACACUACCAGGGACACUCCUGAACAUCUUAGCAAAAGCAGAGCUGUCUAAUGAUUCCUUCAUCUGUCUUGAAGAAGAAACAGAAGGGAGAUUAACUAUGUUGCCUCCAAAAGAAAACAAGGAAGAUGAUUCAGAAACAUACUCUGCUGUUGCUGUUGAUGAAGGCAGACUUGAGCCAAGAUCAGAUGAUGAAGACACAAAUUUUGAAGAUUCUGAAGAUGAACUCAGACAUGAGCUGGAGGAAUCUCUGGAAAAAGUGGCAACUUCUCCAGCAGAGAGAACCAUGGAGUCUCCCAUCCUUUCAGUAAAUAAAGGUCAAAGAGAUGAAGAAAAGAUGAGUUUACCUCGCAAACUACUUGGAAAAUCUGAUGAUGAUUUAGAAAAUAACCAUGGGUCAUUCAGUGUUGACACACAUAAUGAAAAAGGCAAGAAGGAAACAAGAGCUACCUAGAA